AUGUUUUGGGCUAGAUGGAUACGAGAAUACCUUCCGCUUCUACAAUACCGGCGAGAGCCCCGCGGGAGCGGUAACAAUAUUAAAUUUAACGACGUUGUCCUUAUAAUGGAUAAUUGCAUGCCAAGGAACACGUGGGUGAGAGGUAUAGUAACGGCUACUUUUCCGGGACCAGAUGGUAUAAUCAGAGUGGUUGAUGUAAAAACUUCUGGUGGAACCUUACGGCGACCAGUGAAAAAAUUAGUCAUACUACCGACAGAACGAGCUUCCCUGCACUUCUAA